UUAAUCAAGGAGCGCGCGAGGCAGGAGGCGGACGGAGGGCGUGAACUAAAGAGGAACGGAGAACGGGAACACCACCAGAGCGCGGGACAGCACAGAGAGAGAAAGAGAUACCCAUCCAGAUACAUUUUAUUUUCUCUCUGAACCGCUCCUCAAUCACACUUUCUCCCGGCUUUCGAGACUGUCAGAUUCGACAUCGAGGGUUUAUUAUCAUUAAUCUGAUCCAAACCUGCAAACCUGCGGGCUUUUUCCAAACUCCGAACCCUUUAGCCUUUCACCAGUGAUGUCCAAGGAACAACCGACCAAAUCGGGGCUACGGGUGGUACACCAGAAGGCUAUGGCUUCACUAGGCAACAUGGAUUGCCCUGCUCGUUUCUCGCCGGAUUGUGCUCCAAUAGAAUGAAGCUGGUUUGGGUUAAACGCAGAGUGCAGAGAUGUCCGUGCCGUUGUUGAAGAUCGGCGUUGUGCUGAGCACCAUGGCGAUGAUCACGAACUGGAUGUCGCAGACUCUGCCCUCUCUAGUUGGGCUCAAUACCACCAAGCUCACCGCGGAGAGGGCAGGCUACCCGGACAGGAGCACCGGAGUGUUGCCAGCGAACCCAGAGGAGUCAUGGCAGGUGUACAGUUCAGCCCAGGACAGUGAGGGGAGGUGUGUGUGCACUGUGGUGGCACCGCAGCAGUCCAUGUGUUCACGAGACGCCCGCACCAAACAGCUGAGGCAGCUACUGGAGAAGGUCCAGAACAUGACCCAGUCCAUCCAGGUGCUGGACCAGCGGACCCAGAGAGACCUGCAGUACGUGGAGAAGAUGGAGGUGCAGCUGAGAGGUCUGGAGACCAAGUUCAGACAGGUGGAGGAGAACCACAAGCAGAACAUCGCCAAGCAAUACAAGGCCAUAAAAUCGAAAAUGGAGGAGAUUAGGCCGUUGAUACCAGUGUUGGAGGAGUACAAAGCCGAUGCCAAAUUGGUAUUGCAGUUUAAGGAGGAGGUCCAGAAUCUGACGUCAGUUCUAAGCGAGCUCCAGGAGGAGAUGGGAGCCUAUGACUACGAGGAACUCCACAACCGAGUGUCAGGUCUUGAGGAGAGACUCCGAGCAUGCAUGCAAAAAUUAGCGUGUGGGAAGUUGACGGGCAUCAGUGAUCCUGUCACCAUCAAGACGUCUGGAUCCCGGUUCGGAUCCUGGAUGACUGACCCUGCGGCACCAGAAGGAGAUACCAGGGUGUGGUACAUGGACGGUUACCACAACAACCGCUUCGUGCGGGAGUACAAGUCCAUGGCGGACUUCAUGACGACGGACAACUUCACGUCUCACCGCCUCCCCCACCCGUGGUCCGGGACGGGUCAGGUGGUCUACAACGGCUCCAUUUACUUCAACAAAUUCCAGAGCCACAUCAUCAUCAAGUUUGACUUCAAGACCUCCGCCAUUAGCAAGUCACGCCAGCUGGACAACGCCGGCUACAACAACAUGUAUCACUAUGCCUGGGGCGGCCACUCCGACAUCGACCUCAUGGUGGACGAGGGUGGGCUCUGGGCUGUCUAUGCCACCAAUCAGAACGCUGGAAACAUCGUCAUCAGCAAGCUCAACCCCAGCACGCUUCAGAUCAUCAAGAGCUGGACCACCAACCACCCCAAGAGGAGCGCCGGUGAAGCCUUCAUGAUCUGUGGUACUCUCUAUGUUACCAACGGUUACUCUGGAGGGACCAAGGUGUACUACGCCUACAGCACUAACUCCUCCACGUACGAGUACAUAGACAUCGCCUUCCAGAACAAGUACUCCCAUAUCUCCAUGCUUGACUACAACCCUCGGGACCGUGCGCUCUACGCAUGGAACAAUGGACACCAGGUUCUGUACAAUGUCACACUGUUCCAUGUCAUCAGCUCACAGGAAUUGUAACUAUGGAGACAGUACUAUUUACAAUAUACUAUAUAGAGAAUAGAGAGAGAGAUCAUCCUAUAUUUGAAUAUACUGUAUGUCUAGAAGAGAAAGACUUUAUGGAAAGAGCAGCAUAUGUAGUAUGUAAUAUCAUAAGACUGUCUUUAGAGAGAUUACAUCAACCAUGACUGGAACUAAUAUAAUAAUAAUAAUAUAUGCCAUUUAGCAGACGCUUUUAUUCAAAGCGACUUACAGUCAUGUGUGCAUACAUUCUACGUAUGGGUGGUCCCGGGAAUCGAACCCACUACCCUGGCGUUACAAGCGCCAUGCUCUACCAACUGAGCUACAGAAGGACCACAAACUACAACAUGAAUUAAUGUUCACAUCGAUUGAAAUUAAAAAGAGAACUGUUUACUAAAAAGGAAGGGAACAUGAUACAUCUAGAGUUCAAAACUAUAUAUUGGACUGAAAAUAACAGAUGCCAAAAAAAUAUCACGCCUUUCUUUUUUAAAUAAUGGCUAGUAACCAUCAUGGAAGAUUGUCUCUGCGGCUCUGGGUCUGUCUCUGGAAGUACUGUCAGGAAGUACCUCCCUUCUCUCUCCUGGACUUUACUCUAUGGGGAUCAUUGGGGUCCUAGCAAAGGACUAUGGGAUUGGUUAUAAACUGUUUGCCAACCAGGACCCCCCAUUGGCCCCCAGACAGAGAGAGGGAGAACCUUGCCCUUUGGACAGAUAAGGGGUAAAAUUGGGAGAACUGGGACAUUAUUUGGAGAAUGGUGGGGUGAACCAGCAUAUGGUGUGCAGAAGACCACAGAGCCUACAACCACCGUCUGUCACAAACACACACAUUCUAUCCCUGUUAUCCCUUCAGUAGCAAAUAAAGAAGUCUGUAAACAAGUUAACAACAACAUCAUCAACAUCAAUGAGAAGACCUGGGCCUGUGUUCACAAAGUGUCUCAGAGUAGGAAUACUGAUUUAGGAUCAGGUUCCCCCUCUUAUUCAUUAUGAUUUAAAGGGCAAGUCGGAUCCGAGAUCAGCACUCCUACCCUGAGACGAUUUUUGAAUACGCUCCCUGAAGGCACUGACUGUUGGGGCACACUGUUGUACUGUACGAGAAGUAGGUCGGUAUUCAAUCAAAGCUGUGUAGUAGCGCACUUGACAUUUAAAAGGAAUUUCCAAUUGAGUCAAUAUCAGCAGCGUUUUCAGUGAAUACAAUCUCUGCAAACGCGGGAACAUUGGCUUUAAAAGCCGUGUUGUCAACUGCGCCACAGCGUGCCUCUUGGAUUGAAUCCCGUCCAAAGACUUUCCUGUUGUUUGUGACUCUGUGUAAAACAGCCUUGAUUUGCAUGAGUGUUUUUUACCAUUCUGGUCUGCUACCUUCUGAAUGUCUUUUUGCUAUAUGAUGCUGUACCUAUAAAAGAGAGGGAUGUGGGGGGGUUGGUUGCAAAAAUGUUUGCUUUUUCACUUGUUUGUUUUUAGAACGUUUAUUUUUCCAGUCGGAGGCUUUUUUUAAUGUUCUUGUAUCACCCCCGUGCUGUUGGCACCGGCUUUGCUUCUCUGUCUAUGUUUAGUUGGACCGUGUGGGAGGAACCUAUCUCAUAUCCAGCUCAUUUCUUUCAGAAGAGUACAAAACAAUAGAAUAUAUAAGUAAUGUAUCCUGGAGACCUGGGUUCAGUCCUACGGCUCUUCUCUCUUCAACUGAAUUAUCAUCACCCUAUUCUGUUAACCUUUUAGUUGAGGAUAAUGCUGUUAAAUGUAUCUCCCCCUCCCACUCAGCUAGCAAAGGAUAAUGCUGUUUAAAAUGUUUUUAAAAAACCUUUCAGAGGACAAUGGCUUUUCACUCUUUUUGUGCUUUUGCUGGAUGUGUGUUGUACCUGAGAUGAGAUAGUUAAUGAUUUGUGUCAAUAAACAGAGAAUCUUUGUUCUAAUCUCA